GCACUGAGCCCCCUGCCUCCUCCCUGCCUCAGGGCUGGCCUCGGUGCUGCUGGACCAGGGAAACGACAGCCCAGGAGCUACAGGAAGAUGAUGUGCCUGCCUGCCUCCCCACCAGCGCCGGCGUUGAGGCUGGGGCUCGGGCUCUUCGUGCUGCUCUGCCUUGGUAUAGGCCAAGCAAUGGAGAAGAAAGUAGUCAGAAGCAAAGUGGGGGAAAAGGUCAGCCUGCCUUGUUGCCAUCGAAUUCCCAGCUCAGAAAGCCUGCACACUUACCGGGUGUACUGGCAGAAGAACAUCACGGAAGUGGUGCUGGCCUACUCGGAGGGGAACAUGAUCUCCAGGCACGAGCGGUACCAGAACCGCACAGAAAUGGACCCCUGGAACCUCACCCUGUGGAUCUCCCCCAUGGAAAUCCUGGACAAUGGCUCUUACAAGUGCAUAGUUCAGCGCAAUUCCAUCGUGGUGUGUGACCAGUCUGUCAUCCUCUUUGUGACAGCUGACUUCAGCAAGCCCAACAUUACAGCAGAAGUGACCGCUGAUUCCUGCGACGUGACUGAGAUGGUGAUAACGUGCUCUUCUCACGGAGGGUUCCCCAAGCCCAAAAUCUCUGGAGCCCUCAACAACAUGUCCGUGGAGUGGAAUGCCAACUGGGUGUCUGAAUCCAGCUUCAGCCCAUACAAUGUCACUGGAAAACUGCUGCUCAAUGUCACCAAAGACGUCGACAUCACUUGCUCCGUUGAAUACAAUGGCUUUUCCAAGUCCACCAGUUUGCUUAUCAAGAAAACAAACGACUGCGUUGUUCCUCCUGUGCCUCCACCUUAUAAUGUCAUUACUGCUUCAAUUAUCAUCGUUAUCACCUUCAUUUUGGCUACCACUCUGGCAGCAAGAUACCUCUCCAGGCAUGUUUGUUCUCACUGUUGUAAGCACCAGGAUUCAGUGGAAGACGGUGUGAAGGAAUAUACAAAAGCACCCAUGAGCUCUAAAGGGACAGCUGAUACAUCAUCUGUAUGACUAGAUCGCACUUGCAGGUUGUCCACGCUGUGCAUCCCGCACUGCCGACUGCACUGUUGGUUGUACAGCGAUGCUUGCUGCACGGACCCUUUGGCUCUCUGCAAGGCGGGGCCAGCAGGAAUAAAAAAAACUCUGCUCACCACCACGGCCGACAACACAACCUCCUGUGAAGGAAUGCAAACCCCCACCCACGCCACAGAGGCUGUGUGAUGGCCUCCUUACAGACGAGGUCGCUGGGAUUCCAGCUGAGAGGACCCUCUGGCAGAAGGAUGUCACCAGUGGCACACCAGGUCAAGACUUCAGGAACCUCUGGCUUGAUGGUGCCUCUGUGAGAAUCAGGGGCUGCAGAGCCCUAACAGGGAGCCCAUGCCCACCUACCCCUUCAGUAACACGGAGCUGCCCUUUGGGACACCCCAAAUCCUGACAUGCAAUCUCGUCAGUUUGUGCCUCCACGUUGGUAGCGUGAGCAGCUAAAACUUUUACGUUCAGCCUCACACAAGUAUCUGUUCUUUCCACUGGACGACUUUGAAUUUGGAUUCAACCAUUACAGAUACACAUCUCUUCUCCCCUAAAGAGGCAACAGUGGACACAUUCUUCAUGAAAAAAAAGACACCUUGGAAGUGAGUCUAUGUGCCUCAUGCUUAUUUGCAUACUAGACUUUUUAGGGAAUGAUACACAUUGGCAGCACUCCUAAGAGCUAAUUAAUAUUGCUUAUCUACUGCAGUGGCACAAGUUCUCAUAACAUUUCUCUCUUGAAAGGACAGCCUUGCCAACCCAAGCACUCAGGCACAGCUCCUCCAUUCAGUUGCUGUGUGAGGGCACACACCCUGUGCACACACAAAGCCAAGCUUUGGUGUGCAUUCCUUCCCACUCACACACAUUGGAACUUGUGUGACAGCCAGUGGUGACCUCGUGUGUAUCUACUGUAACCAAAUGUCACUCGGGGUCUUGCUUCAUAAACAGGGGUCUGCUUCUGUGUGUACAUCUGUCACGGGAUACUUUUAAGGGAAAGCUCUGCAGAUUUUUGGGAGUUUCUCACAGCAACACGAGGAUAUUUACUUCACACUGAACGUUGCUGCUUUCUGCCAGUGUUCUCUCUACCCAGCCAGGACUAGAAGGAAUUUCCCUACAGGAUGCUAACAUUGGACAGGACUCAUCUGAUCCUGGUGUUAUUCUUGCCUACUAUGUAGGAAAAAAUGGUUUCUCAUUUUCAGGGGAAAGGAGGAAAAUGCCCCAACUCCUAAUAAGCUUCCUAAGUAACUCUGCCUACUAACCUAGCUCAACCCUGCCCUGAGUUUGACUUUAAUGUUUUUCCCUUUUGCUCUGCAAGCUGCACCAAUUCCUGCACUGCUCUAUCCACGUUAUCAGGGCAAAUCAAAGUCUGAAAGCACAAUGCCAUCUUCUUUGUGGGAUGUGUUGUCACUUGAGCUGCUUCUCUUCCUAGGACGCAGCAGACAUAGUCCAUCCAUUUCACUUUUUUCCUAGUUGGUACAUAUUCAGAAACUGCUGGAGAAAAUAGGAGAAUUUAAAGUGGUUUUUAGGAUACUGAACUCAGAAAUUAAGUAA